AUGAACUUAACUGUCGAGGAACAAAUAAACGACGAAGUCCCUAAUGACUCGUUAACGUUGGGUCAAUUGAAAAAAAUUGUAAAACAAUUUCCGAAUAAACAAAAACCAAAAGAAAUCGCCUUUACCUAUACUGAUACUGACAGUAUUUCAAAUGAAAUUGAUGAAUUUUAUAGUUAUGUUGAAAUUUCACAAUGUUUUGAAAACAAAAAGUCAUUUGAAGAAGGAUUCGACGAAUCUUGGACUACUUGUACAAUAUCCGAACGCCGUACUUAUAUUGAAUACCUGUUAGAAACUUUGGAAUUAAAGGAUCCUGAAAAGAGAUUCUGUACUGCCAAAAAAUUAUUGUAUAUUGCUCAAGGAACAUUUGGGGAAUCAACUUCGCCAGAACAUCAUCUCGAAUUGAUAAUUGAAAAUAAUAAAUUGCUGCGGAAGUGUGGAGCACUAUUGUCAUAUUUUCAAGCCUUAAACCAUCCAGAUUUUAUUUCAGAUCGACAGGCUUAUAUCGAUGACACAAAUAUCGAGAUAGGAUUCUAUUUAACGUUGUUAUAUAUGUUAGUCGAAGUUCAUCGUGGAGACGAAUCAUUUGGCUCAGAGCUUGUCGAACUUGAUCCACCAAUGUCUGUAUUUCUUUUUGAAAUCAUCGCGUCAUUACGAGAAAAAGAAAAGAAUGCCAAAGGAUAUCCAGUAAAAAAGGAUGUAGUUAGAUUAAUAAAUGGAUUGCCACCUAUAAAUAAUAAAGAAUUCUCGACUAAGGCAACUCCAAUUGAUUAUCAUACUUUUCAAGCCGAGGCUACUCAAAAAUAUCCAACAUAUAUUCCGCCUCAUAGUCCAGUUAUUCCUAUGCCUUUCAUAAUUGCAAAUCAGUAUCCUAAUAGCAAUAAUAAUAACGAUGUAUUUACACAGAAUAGUUUUUCAAGUAUAAACAAUAAUUCGUCACCAAAAUCACGUAAACAACAAUUUCAAACAAAUCAACGACAACCUUUUAUUUUUCCAUUCUCAAAAUCUACACCUACAGUGCCAAAAUCAAUACAGGAAGCAGGAGAUUUAUAUUUAAAAUUUAUGUAUACAAACUUAGGGAUCUUACAAUUUUGGAAAGAGAAGGAUGAGAUGAAGAAACAACAAUUUGGUUAUUCAAUAAAUGAUGUGAGAUUACAUAACGAAAAAAACAGAUCAAAUUGUGGAAGGGAAAUAUCAAAUGGAAUUAAUGACACGGAAGCGCAGGUGACAAAAAGAGAUAGAGAAAAGUUGGACAGGAUUGAACUUCUUUAUAGGUCAAUCCUACCACACAUGCAAUACAUUGUUAUCGUGCUACUUAAAUUGUUGCUUGCAACUGUUUCGCCCAAUUCAAAUAAUGUCAAAGUAAAUGAUAAUGGUGAUAGCAUAACAAAGGAGAAUGUUACAAUAAAUAAUGGUUUAUCACCUGAUAGCAAUAUUUAUUCUUCAUCUUCAAAUGGAAAUAGUGUUGAAGAAAUUGAUAUUAUGAGACAUCGAGAAAUUACAUCUAAAGCAGUUUCAGCAAUUUUAUUGUUAAUGUUAAAAUAUUUGAAAUUGUCCCAUAUCUUAAAAUUCGAAUAUGUUUCUCAACUAUUGGUUGAAUCUAAUUGUUUGCUUUUAAUUUUGAAAAUGUUUGGUCUACAGGAUGUAAGCUUGACUAUAAAAUCUAGAAAUGAUGUCGAGGAUUUAAACUUCUUUCGAUAUUGUAAAAAUAUUAAUGAUAAACAUGGAUCUGGGAAAACAUGUGAUGAUAAUCCCGAGGAUGAGAGAUCAAAAGAACAACCGCAGAUAGAACAUGUCGAUGAAUUAAAUUUAAUCGACAAUAAUGUAGAUUCAGAUUAUUGUUGGCGAAAUUUUUUCUCCGCAAUAAAUUUCUUACGUAUUUUGCAAAAGCUGACUAAAAAGAAGACGCACAGAGUGGUAUUGUUAGUACAGUACAAGUCUUCUGCCAUAUUAAAAAGGAUCCUUAAAGUUUCGCAUCCUUUAUUAGAACUAUAUUCUUUGAAAGUUUUAAAGAGUCAAAUUCCAUUUAUCGGUAGAAAAUGGCGUCAAGGUAAUAUGAAAAUAAUCACCUCCAUAUACUUGCAUUGCCGGCCAGAUUUACGAGAUGAAUGGAUUGCAUCAUCUGAUGCGGAUGCUGAAAUUGAAGAUGCUCUGCCUCAAGAACAAAGCCUUCGAGCAUUGAUUAAAUUUUAUAAUGAAAGGAAUUAUAUGACACAUGAUCAUCAAAAUGGUUUACUUUAUCAUAAUGAUAAUAGGAAUUCACCCGACAUAUUCCCUCCACAUCAUACGAAGUCUCUAAAUCAUGUAAAUUCUGCAUAUAUUGCAGAUGAUAUUAUGUUAGAUGAGUCAUUUUUGUCAAAUUGGGAACAGUGGCUUCAAGAUGAAGUAUAUGGCUUCUCCGUCACGAAACCCCAUUUAAAUACUAUAGAUGAAUAUUAUAAUGAUGAUGGUUUUCUUUUUACCAAUGGUGGCGAUGGAUCAGAAUGGGAUACCCCUAUUUUACCGCUAGUCGACGAGCAAGAUCCUUUCACCUCAGUUGAGUGGGAGAAUAUUAAAUCAACAGAUAUGUUAGGACCAUUGGCCCCUAAUGAAGUAACUAUAUGGCAACCAACUCCAUACCAAAGUGAUGCUGAAGAUUAA